AUGGAUUCAGAAAUCCAGUACGUCCUCGGGCUAAAAGCUGUCCGUGAACGAGCGCAUCGAGUCCUGCAACUGGCAGAGGAGAACCGCCUGAACCACUUCCAGUACCAUCCUGAUCGCCUCCGUGAUGCAGUACAAUACGUGAUAAGCAUCAUCAAAACGAGUACCAUCUCAUCCCGCCCCAUGGUCGCUGGCAACACUUUGAUCUCGGGGGGUGUCAAGCAACCUGAGGAUCUACUGAAGCAGUGGAAGAGUAACGGGGCGGAUGAACUCGAGCAGACCCGUAGUUUAUUGGACUUAUUCUUCGUCUCGGUGCUGCUUGACGCGGGAGCAGGUGACAAAUAUGUUCCGUUGAAAUGGGCUCGUCUAGCUCUUUGCACGUAA